AGCAGCGCGCGCUUCUUCGCAUCCUCGUGAGUGUCUUCUCCGUUGCCAGGACGACCAGAGGGGCUGACCCCGGCCACGUGACAUGCUGCAGCAGUCGUAGUAGAGAGUGUGUGUGUUACAGUGUGUGUGUUAGUGUGUGUGUUACACAGUGUGUGUCGGUGUGUGUGUGCCGCCCCUCGCUCAGAUCGGCCCGGGCAGUCAGUGGAGCUGUUCGCCCGCAGACAGGCAGCUCACUCCGGGCAGCGAAAGAUGGAGACGGCGACGGCGACGGGGGAUCGUAUUUUCGCCGCGGAAGCCAUACUGAAGCGCCGCGUCCGCAAGGGGAGUAUUGAAUACCUGGUAAAAUGGAAAGGAUGGGCAAUGAAGCACAGCACUUGGGAGCCAGAGGAGAAUAUUCUGGAUGACAGGCUGAUAAUGGGCUUUGAGCAAAAGGAACGGGACAGGGAAAUGAACGGCCCGAAGAAGAGAGGACCGAAACCCAAAAACUUAGUCUUGAAGGCACGUGGUCAUAAAAAAGAGCCCAGCAGCCAAGCCUCCACCGCCCGCCAACAAGCAUCCAGCGCCCGCCAAGCCUCCACCGCUCGUCAGACCACAUCACGCUCCGCCUCCAUCCGAGCACCUCCCUCCUCUUCUGCCUCACCUCGUCAUUUGCCAUCUUCGUCCUCCUCUUCCUCAACCGUCGCACCCUCUCCCAAACUCAACUCCCUCGCAGCCACCCACAAGCUAAAGAAGGACAUUCACCGUUGCCACAGGAUGUCCAGGCGUCCUCUGCCCCGCUCAGACCCCACAGGGCCUACUUUCUCUAACCCUGGUGGUUUCCCCUCCCGCAUGCUUGUCUCUCCGUUCUCCGAGACCGUCCGCAUCCUCAACCGUAGGGUCAAACCUCGAGAGGUCAAGAGAGGUCGGAUCAUCCUCAACCUGAAGGUCAUUGACAAGCCAGGCAGGGGUGGCGCAGCUGCUGGCAGUAGGAAUGUUUCAACAGGACGCCAUAACAUCCCUUCACGCAAUCGUAUCAUUGGGAAAAAGGGAGAGGCCCCAUAUAGACCUUUCCAGCCUCCUCUGAAGAUGCUGGGGUUCCCGAUGUACGGGAAGCCAUUUGGGCUGCAGUGUGGAGGCCCUGCGGCUUUCCCUUCCCACCCAGGGUCAUGCUCUAGCACAGCAGCCAGGGGCAACCACACCACCUCCUCUCAGUACAAGUCACCUCCAUCUCCUUCCAGCUCCAGCGGCUCUGAGGGAAAAUCUCCCACCACCUCCAAGCCCCCCACUGGAGCCUCACCUUCCAGCGAGGAUCCCAAGCCCAGUAAACCUCACACAGACACCCAGAAGGGGCAGAGCGCCAAGCCAGCCGCUCCCGCCCCAUCCUCGGAUGCAAACCCAGUGUUGUCAGCGUCACCCUUCCUCCCCUCCUCACCCUCUUCUUCCUUGGAAGACGAGGAGGAGGGUGGUGCCCUGGACCGCAUGGAGCCCUCAGAGGGAGCCAGGAAAAAUCCUCGCCAAUGCCAGGCUAAACGCCCACCGCCCGCCACUCCCCCCUCCGUCCCAGCCGGGGACCAGAGCUCUGCCCCAACCGAACCCAAGAGGGUGCCUGCCGAGGGAGACCCUGACUGGUACCCCGAAAUGGCGCCAAGCUGCAAGGAUGUUGUGGUCACUGAUGUCACCACCAACCUUGUCACCGUCACAAUAAAAGAGUUCCCCUCCCCGGCCUCCUGCCCUGCCUCCCCCUCUGCCAGCCCCGAAAAUGCCUCCUCCCCUGCCCCUGCGGCCACCUCCGACAACCCCUCCCCAGCCAAGCCAUAGGAGAGCAGAUGUUAUGAAGUCGAUCGCCAUUGAUAAGAAAAUAUCAUGCCAGUGUUGCCACUUCAGCCCCCUCCUACCUUUUCCUUAAAGGUUUGUCCAUAUUUGUGUAUCGAUUAAUGAAAUGUAAUGUAACUUUACACCACCCAGCCAUUGAAUAGUGGAAAAAAGCAUAUUUUUAUUAAAAGGAAACUAUAUGAAUUUGAAAUGGGGCAGCUAAUACGCCCCCUUGUUGUCACUUAAAUUGCCAUAUUUUGAUCAAUUGCACAUCACUGACUCUCGGAAGCAGACGGAGAGAAAAGAUGUUUGUUUUCUUUCUCUUGUUCCAGACAUAGUGAGUUUAGCUUCUCUGGUGUAACACAAAUGGAAAGUGUUGUCCAUCUGUUGUGUCGCUUGAGCCUUUAUCAAGCGACUUGUGGUGCGUUUGAAAGAAGCAAAUAUAUUUUCCGAUCCACGCUCUGCGGCGGAGGCUGAUCCAGACGGCCUUCGGUGUUACGCCAAUUUCCUGCCCCCUGUUCUCAUCUGAAGUCCAGCUUGUUAAUGAUAAGUGAGGUGUUGUGUCUUUGCACUUAACACAGUUGGACUCUCAUAUAUUGCAUCAAUACAGCGAGGUAAAUACAAUGCACUUGACUGCAUCAAAACAAAAUGACCUAUGUAGUUCAUCAAUUUUUCAAGGCCUUUUCCUCUUGCUCUCUUGAACGCACAUGCAUAUACGUACAGAACGCGUCAGUAUUUAUAUGCACGCACAACCUUAAAAGCUGCAAAGAAAAAUACUAAAGCAGUAGUUUUUAAGUUAUUGCUGUCCUUACUGUCACUCCUUGCUUGCCUUGUUUUCUCACAAACCCACCACCUCUUCUGUAACGUCCACCAAGACUCUAAACUGGCCUGCGGUUAGUCAUGAAAUAUUCUCCUUUACGUCGUUUAACUUCUCAACAUGUCAAGGUCUAGAGGGUCCGUGAGCUGAACACAGUUUAGACUGAUGCUACCAACUGAGAGCAGCUAGAAAUUGUCAUUUGUUGAAGCUGUGAGCCACUUGGUUAGUGUUUGAAGUCUUGUGUCUUUUGGCCUGUUCCAUAACUUGACAGGUUUGCCUGUUUACCUUCCACGUGGCAGGUAGAGUGAAGAUCUUGUUCGUUUGGCGUUCGUGGGUCUGUCUUUCAGCCAAGUGCUUUAUUUGUCGUCUAGAUGACCACUCAGAGUCCUUGACAGUACAGACACUUUGGAAUGGUGGAGCCUGAGAUGGAACCACCGACCUUCUGGUUAGUCGACGACCUGCUCGACUCCUGAGCCGCCUCCGAUGGGAGCUGAGGUUCCCCUGCUGCUCUUGGUUCAGUAGAUUUUUUUUUUUCAUGAAGGGUAAAAAAUAGCAAAACAGUCCUUGAAACACAACUUUGUGUGUGCGUCUGUCAGGGGCAUCAUGGGACAGUUGGAAACAAUGUCAUGUACCUCAAUGGUCAGGCAAUAAUCUUCAUGUCAGACGGUUUGAUCCAUUAUUGUUUUUUAAAAUCUUUAUUCAAGACUGUGAUCUUUCAGUUUGAGAGCAGGACUUAUUGAUUUCAUGUUGUAAUGCUUUCAGUCAAAACCUUGCGCUUGCACUCAAAUAGCCCCUGCUUGUGCUCAAACUGUUCACUUGCACUCAGAUAUUUUUUGUUGCUUGGACGGAUUUUCCGAACCACAGCUUCAGCUCUUCUCCUCUCGCUCACACCUCUUUUGUGGUGUGAGUGAAAUGUUUGCUGCUCUUUGAUUUCUCUGCUCUUGGAUUUUAUCUUCUGAGCUUGGAUUUUUUUUUGUCCAAAUUCCCCGACCAAUAGAAUGUCAGGUGUAAUGUUACAAAAUGAAAUCGUCCGUCACCCAGACGCUCACAAGUUCUUUACCAUGAAACUCUGACGAGCUCAAUCCCUGCAGGUUUUUUUCAAGCCUUUCGAACGCCUGGAAUCUGGGAUCAAACUUUUUGACCCUCAAUAGAAUCUGAAGUUCUCGGCCCUUUGAACACAGACUCCAAACCCUUUCUCUGGUGCUUUCUGCUCUUUCUCGACCUUCCCCGACCUUGACUUUACUCUGGUGUACCUGUGUGUUACAGUUUUUAAAAACAAUCUUCCGCUUGUAUUGCCUUAUAGCUGCUCCACUCAACCCCAGUUACACUCCAGGUGACGUUUACCUCGUCUUACUCGGCUCCUCAGAGAGCGUGAUUUAAUAAAAAACACUCUCAAACCAUAACUUUAACGUGGUAACUUUAAGAAUCACCUCAUCGUAAACUGUAAUAACUCGACUGCUUUUGUUAUCAUCUUCUCUACAAGUCUACAAACACUGACGAGGACGAUGUCGCCUCCUCUCCUGUCACAUACUGGAUGGUUCUAGUCGUCGUCGAUACUGUUUCAAUACUCUGAUAGGUUACAAAUGGAAGGAUUUAUUCCAAAAUGACAUAUACAUUAUAUGAAGAAAUAGACACUGUUAUGAAAAGGUCAAUAUCUCAAAUUCACAUGAAGAUACUUUAAGGAAGGACAGUACUUAACUUCAGCUCUGAUUUGACGUGAAGCGUGAACGGACUGAAUCGUUUAUAAUUUUCCAGAAACACUAUGAAUUCAAGGAUUAUUUUCUUCGCUGAAUGGAUAUUUCGCAGUUUGGGAUAGAUUUUUUUCAUCUACUAUAUCUUUAAUAUCUUUAAGUGGUGGAUAGAAGUGACUCUUGCAGUUGGUAGAUGUGUAAGGUAUUAGGCUGCUAAGCGACGUUUCUCGUUUCUUUACUUUCUCAUACGGGGUAGCACAACUCAACUUAGUGGCCUCUCAUUCAACCAAAUAGGGCUGUUGAUUUUGUUAUUUGAAUUUUUAAAGCUUUUUUCCCCUUUUUGAAUUGUGUUGCAUUUAUAUAUAUAUAUAUAAAUGCAACACAAUAUGAUGUAAUUUUAAGUGCUGGAGUAAUUUGGCACUAAUUGAGGAAAAAAGGAAGGAUCCUUGUUUAAAUGUACGGAUAAAUAUGCUUAAUGAAUUUAAAUUGUGCUUUUUAAGCUGUUUUUCCCUUUGUACUGUACUUUAAUAGUUUGUUUUUUUAAAUAUGCAUAAUGGUGUUAAUGUGAUGCUGUUUAUUUGAAUGCCAUUUUUUUUAAAUAGUCCAACAUGGGUUUGUGCAGAAGACGAACCCCCGACUGAUUUUAAUGUGUGAAGACUGCGGUUCUGUCUGUUUUUAUGCUAAUAUGAAUAAUGUACAUUGUAUUGAUGGUAAUGACGAGGAGGUGGAGGAUAAUUAUGACAUUGAAAUGUAUCUGAACUUCUGAAGCAUGUUUUGCAAACCCUUAUUGUACAGAUUAUGUAUUCAGUGUCAUGUUAACUGUUACCGAUGUUGCUUUCUGUGUUUCUUGUACAAGGCUUUUAAUUAAAAGCUCCUUUAAAAAAAAAAA